AUGCCGCCAGAACAAAUCCUAGCGCUCCUCACCCUCCCACCCGAGCUCCGCCUCCAAAUCUACGAGCUCGUAAUGAGUGACCUGAUCAACACGAGCACCUCACCACCAAACGCCACCAAUCCCGCUUCAAACAGCCCUCCAACCAAAAUCUCCCUAGCACUCCUCCACACCUCCUGCCUCCUCCGCCACGAAGCCCGACUACUCCUCGAAAAGCGCCUGGCGCUGGCCCUUUCCCAUCUAACCGCACAACUCUCGCAACUCCACGAGGAAGCAAUGACGAUCAUAUUCGACCACUACGAAGGGACUGUAUCGUACCGACAAGACCUCGAGGCGAAAGCCCUUCGUGGCUACGAGGAAGCAGGGGUGAAGGCGAAGCACACGCGUCUGAAACGCUUGAAGGCUGCUGUCACAGUAAGUCGGACGAUGGAGCUUGGAGCGGUGCUAGUGAAGAGGACGAGGUUGCUCCGCGAGGAGUUUGAAGUAAAGCAGGGCUGGCUAUGA